AUGUUUUAUAGCGUGUCCGUUGACAUCACGACGACGGAAACCAGUACAUUUAAGCCUACCUUCACCAAAACCAUCACGGAGACGGCACAGCCCACGAAGACUGUAUACAGCGAUUCUUCACCACCAGGACUUUUGCACUCCAACACAUGGUUCCCCUACGUAUUCUAUCUUGUUUUCGCAUUGGCGCUGGGCUACUGCGCGCGGCUGCAGUACCAGCUUAGCAGGUUCAAGAAGUCGAAACUGUAUAAAGAGCACGAGGAUAAGAAAAAAGAAAUGCAGGAGAAGUGGGAAGAGGCGAGGAAAGAAGUGAGGGUUAAGGCGAAGGAAGUCAUGCGUAGAGAGAAGAAGGCCAAUGACAAAGAGCAGAAAAUCCAACAAGAGAUUACGCAGAUCAAGAGCGACGCCGAUCUCAAAGUAGCGGAAGCUUCGAGAAAACUCAACUCGCUCAAGCCAAAGUUAGAGCUCCUGGGGGAUAUUAUCAGUGACGAUGGCGUGGAAAUACCGGAUGUCACUUCCGUGAGCCUUAGUCUUGAGGACUUCGAGGAAGCGCUCACGAAGUGGCUAGAGUUAAGCCGUCCGAGUCUACAAUCACGUCAUCUAAUGACGAAGUAA